AGCGGCGGCGGCGGCCCCUUCCCGCCGCGUCCCCGCCGGCCGACGAGGUGCAGUUCUCGGCCGGCCGUUCGGGCUCGGCCGCGGCCGUUCCGGGGAGCGCCGCGCGCAGCACGGAGGAGGAGGAGGAGCGGCUGGAGCGCGAGCACUUCUGGAAGAUCAUCAACGCUUUCCGCUACUACGGCACCAGUAUGCACGAGCGAGUACACCGAACAGAAAGACAGUUUCGAUCACUUCCAGCUAAUCAACAGAAACUACUGCCUCAGUUCCUUCUUCACUUGGACAAGAUCCGAAAAUGUAUUGAUCAUAACCAAGAAAUGCUGCUGACCAUUGUGAACGAUUGCGUACAUAUGUUUGAAAAUAAGGAAUAUGGAGAAGACGGCAGCGGGAAGAUCACGCCGGCGUCCACAUUUGACAUGGACAAGUUGAAGUCCACACUGAGACAGUUCGUCAGGGACUGGAGCGAGACGGGGAAGGCUGAAAGAGAAGCCUGCUACCAGCCGAUCAUUACAGAGAUUCUAAAAAGCUUCCCCAAAGAGAGAUGGGAUCCUUCUAAAGUGAACGUUCUGGUACCUGGUGCUGGACUGGGAAGGCUGGCCUGGGAAAUAGCCAUGCUCGGCUAUGCUUGUCAAGGAAACGAGUGGAGCUUUUUCAUGCUGUUUUCUUCCAACUUUGUACUCAACAGAUGCUCUGAAAUUAACAAAUACAAACUUUACCCCUGGAUCCAUCAGUUCAGCAAUAACCGGAGGUCAGCUGACCAGAUCCGACCCAUCUUCUUUCCGGACGUGGACCCGCACGGCCUUCCUCCUGGGUCCAACUUUUCCAUGACUGCAGGAGAUUUUCAGGAGAUCUAUUCAGAAUGCAAUACCUGGGACUGCAUUGCUACUUGUUUCUUCAUCGACACAGCUCACAAUGUGAUUGAUUAUAUCGAUACAAUAUGGAAAAUACUCAAGCCAGGUGGAAUUUGGAUAAAUUUAGGACCUCUUUUGUACCACUUUGAAAAUUUGGCAAAUGAGCUUUCCAUAGAAUUGAGCUAUGAGGACAUAAAAAAUGUUGUUCUGCAGUAUGGAUUCCAAGUAGAGGUGGAAAAGGAAUCUGUCUUGUCAACAUAUACUGUGAAUGAUCUCUCGAUGAUGAAAUACUACUAUGAGUGUGUUCUGUUUGUGGUCCGUAAGCCACAAUAAUGGUCUACAGCGACAUUGCCCAGUAAAAAGUCUAGUAAGAAAAAUACUGAAAUAAACAGCUGAAAAUCAACAAUCUGUGAUGACAGGACACAACCUCAAAUCAGUGGUGCCUUCUUAUUCCUAACAAAAUUUAGAAAUAGUGUCUAUUUUCUUAAUAUGUCUGUUGCUUUUUCACAAAUACACUCUGCCGUGCAGGUCUGUACUACACAAGUAAAACCAGAUGAAGAAACGUUGGCACGGCAUGCCUUCCUUGCAGCCCAGGUCCGCCUUCCCACAGUGUCUUCAUGAAGCUAUCCAUCCAAGUGUGCCAUCUUACUGACUAGGAGUAUUGAAGUCCAUAAUAAUCUCUUCUUGUUGUUUCUCCUUUUGCAUGGGACCUGUUGCUUUCGGCAGAGGCUAAGGCUCUCCUGUCAUACUCAGCUUCUGCAGUUGGGGCUUAAGAUAAUCAUGGUGGCCUAAGCAGUCUAUACAUGAAAUAUAUGUGUAUUUUAUCCUUCAAACUAUUUUUUCAAGCUCUGCUGAGCUUAGAGAAGCAUCAGAAAAUUUCAUUCUCCUGAGAUGCUAAGUUUAAUAGCGUCACAGGUCAGUCAGGUGCACUCAGAUAACUGAGAAAUCAAGUCCUUCAGCCAGACUGAACCAAACACUUGCUGAGCGCAUACACAUCCUGGGUCACACAGGAGAUCUCCGCGUCACACGUGAGGUGCAGAAGCUUCUGUAAAGGUAGUGUCGGUGUCCGGAGGAAACGUGAGUACCACCUGCCCAUCUGAGGUGGAUGAGGUCAAAGCCACGAGUGCAGUUUGUCAGUGCUGUAAAGGUAGUGUCAGGGUCCUGAGGAAAUGCAAGUACCAAUGUCCAUCUGAAGUGGAUGAUGUCAAAGCCACGAGUGCAGUUUGUCAGUGUGAUGUUUACACUAAUGUCUAGACUAUCUGGAUUAUGAAAGCACUUUUUUUAAAAAACAAUUAUAUGCUAGUGAAAACUGUCAUAAUGGUAUUAACGUAGGAAAAUUUUGAAUAUGAAAUUCAGGGACAAAUUAGUGCCCUUGGUCUGUGUCUUCAAUAUUGUAAGCAGCAGCCAUUGAUGUAACUUCAGAUGAACAUGUUUUGUUCCUUUGGUUGGUGGAGCCUAAAAAGUGGAUGCUGCUGUCAAUCUCUACCUCUAACAGAUCUUCAUCAGAGGGAGUUCUUUUUUGUUACUGUUCUUUAAUGUUCAUUGUUCUGUUUCCAAUAGCUUUAAAAUAGAGAUGACUGAUGUUUAGACCUUGUCUUGGAGGAAAGAACUCUGAAUAUUUUCACAGAUUCUUGUGAUGCUUUAAAGAAUCUCUGGCAGUUUGGUUUAAAUGGACUUCAUGUGCUUGUAGCAUAAAUGUUAUGUUUUAAUAGGGACACUGAUUUGUGAGUCUCUAGACCUUUGUUGUCACUUAGGUGAGGCAGUUGCUGUUGGAGGUGACAUCUUCACUGGCCUACAGUGCAGGUGGUUUUGUGAUCGCUCCUCCCACCGUGUGCAGGAGGGAUCCUUGGAGUAGCUCUGACUUGUGAAAUUAGGCAAGAUUAUAACCUAAACUUUU